UAGCUUUGUACAAAUGUUUGCUGUGAUUGCAACUUUCUGCUGUUUCUUAGAUUCAAUGUCUAACAUUGGUAGCCCUCUGUUUCCGCAGAAGAGCUUUGCAAAAAUGUUUUGACACAAGAGUAGAAGGAGGGAGGUUCAUGUCGUGAUGUUUGCUGACAGAUAAUGGAGCCGGCAAGUGUGCGAUAAAGCUUACAUUCGUGAAUUGUGGGUGUGUGUAUAGCGACCAAGCUCGGUGGACGUGGCAUCAUGGGUGACAACGUGUUGUGCGCACAAUACCUGAAGAUAUUUUUCGUUGUUUGUGCUUAUUGGAUUGUGUCCAUUUUAACUGUGUUUGUCAACAAGUCACUCCUAAGCGGCGAAACUGUGAAUCUCAAUGCACCACUUUUUGUCACCUGGUACCAGUGUGUCGUAUCAUCAUUUGUCUGUUUUUCCUUGAGUACCCUUAGCAAGUGGUUUCCAAGCAUUGUGUCCUUCCCGAAUGGGUCCCCCUUUCAAAAUGAAGUAUUUUUAAAAGUACUCCCUUUGUCAAUAUUGUUUACUGGAAUGAUAGCAUUCAAUAAUUUAUGCUUGAAAUAUGUUGAUGUAUCAUUUUAUUACAUUGGUCGCUCUUUAACUACUGUCUUCAAUGUACUUCUGAGCUAUAUAAUCCUUGGUCAGAAAACAUCCUUUAAAGUUGGUGCUUGCUGUGCUUUCAUUGUUGGAGGCUUUUGGCUUGGCAUUGAUCAAGAAAAUGGAAUAGGAUCAUUUUCAUUACUGGGCACGCUGUUUGGUGUACUGGGCUCACUUUUCCUCUCUCUUUAUUCUAUAUACACCAAGAAAGUUCUUCCAGCUGUAAAUCAAGAGAUAUGGUUGCUAUCUUAUUUCAACAAUGUUUAUUCUUGUAUCAUAUUUUUACCAUUCAUUGCCCUGACUGGUGAAAUUUCAAAUAUUUUAGCAUAUGAUAAAUUGCUUAGUCCAUUAUUCUGGUUUCUGAUGACAAUUGGUGGAUUUUUUGGACUUGCAAUUGGCUUUGUCACAGCGCUUCAAAUUAAGGUGACAUCUCCACUAACACACAACAUUUCAGGGACUGCAAAAGCUUGUGCACAAACGGUAAUUGCAUCAUACUGGUAUGAUGAAAAUAGACCAUUUUUGUGGUGGAUAUCUAACUGGAUAGUGCUCGUGGCUAGUGCAAGCUACGCGCGAAUUAAGCAGCAUGAAAUGGAGCAAGAGCAUAAGGCUCAGAAAACUGAGCGUCUUUAAGACUUUUUAUUUAAUUUUUACUGACUAGCACACUUAAAAAGUUAUUGUGUUUAAACUGUUUUGUUGAACACACAACUGAUACUUAAAGAGAAAAUGUGUGUUACUUUACCUUUAUCAGUAUUUUAUGACUUCUUGUAUCAAAAGAAGUAAAAUGUAUGUACUGUACUGAGUUGUUGAAACUGAGAUAAAUGUGUUAAUCUUUAAUUUUUAUUUCUGAGUGGUAAGAGUUCCUUAUGUGAAAAAUAUGUACAGUAAUGUAGCUUUCGUACCAAAUAUAUUAGCCUUUUUCUUUGUAAAAGGAAAUCUGCAAUUUAGUCAUUAUGUUUUUAUGUGUGAGUUACUACUUCUUUCAAUUUUAUUGCAUAAAAAGAUAGAAAGAAGGCCCACUUUUCACAUGUCGUAAGAAAUGUUAAUAUUGUCAGGGAAAAUUGGUGUGUUUCACCCCUUAUUCUCAACGUGUACCUUGAUGACUGACAGCCAUUUGCCAUAUAUAAUGG